GGCGGUGUCUAGAGAUACCCUUGGAGGAGGGACACAGCAGGACGGCUGAGGGCUCUGCCCUGCAGACACCGGCCCUUCCCACACGUCCCAGCGGGGUGGAGAUGGGAUAUCGCUCUGCUUCGACGCCAGCUACAGAAAAGCAAAAAUCCCUCUGGACGUCACGUCUGAACUUUCCCAGUCAGAAGUUUCUUCCUGCCUGACAAGGGUUACAUUUUUCACGAGAGCUUCAUAGAAAAGUUUGCAGUAAAAAAAAACCACAAGCCACACACUAAUUAGCUUCUUUUCUGUAUCACUACAGGCUCAGAAAUUCAGAGCAGGUUAGCAGCAGAGUUUCAUGUGGUUUGCAAACCUUCACGUGACUCGGGGCUCCACUUUCCAGGGAACACAAGUUUUAUCUGCACGUUUUGAAACGCGGUGGCCCUCCGCUGCACCCGCCACGCGCCGGGCUUCUAGCUCUCCUUCUGAGCCUGGCGAGCUCAAAACGAAACUCUGGGAGAAAAGCGGUCACCUCACAAAAGUACCUGAGUCACGGCCAGAUAGCUUCUUGGCUUUUCCGGGGCUGUGAACCUGCAGCCUGAAGCUCGAGCGAUGGCCGGGACCGUGGCAGAGAACCAGGUCCACCCGUAGCAGUGUGCAAACCGGGCGCGGGAGCAUCCAGACGGCAGAGCAGCUGCUCCAGAUGUGCAAGGCCCUGGCCAGGGCAGCCCCCGGCUCCUUCCCCCCUCUCACCUCCUGGGGGUGCUCGCAGGUCUCUCGGCGGCUCGCAGCAUCUCAAUGAAAUUUCCUGUGCGCGCAAGGCUGGCGGCGGCUGCGGGGCUGCCGGGCGCGAGCGGGCGGCUCGGCAAAGGCGAGCUCGCUGGCGAGGGCGAGCGCCGGCGAUGGAGGCGACCCCCGGGCCCGGCGGGCUGCUGGCCGCGCUCUGCCUGCUCGCUGCCCACGGCAGGGCGGCAGCCUUGGUGGUCACCGCGCCGUACGCGCUCUGCGUCUGCCCCGCGGGGCACAACGUCACGCUGACGUGCCGCGUGGCCGGGCCGCUCGCCGACCGCCACGACCUGCUCUACAAGACCUGGUACUUCAGCAGCAACGGCGACCAGAGCUGCUCCGACAAGACGCACAUCCGCAACGUCACCGAGAAGGAGCUCCACCGCGACCUGGCCAAGCACCGCGGGCCGCCGGCCAACGCCACCGGCCGAGCCCCCCACGGCGAGCCGGCGGGCCGCCGCGGCGUGGAGCUCCUGCCCGACCACCACGGCGCCUUCCACAUCGUGGUGACCAACCUGACGCCGGGCGACAGCGGCAACUACUGCUGCUACGCGGUGGAGGCCCGCCGGGAGCACGGCAAGCCCCACACGCUGCAGGUGGCCCACGGCGUCGUGGAGCUGCAGAUCCGGCAGGGCAGAGGAGCGCCGCAAAACUGCACGUUUCACACCGCCACCAGCAAAGACAUCACGGCCGCCGCGCUGGCGACGGGGGCCUGCAUCGUGGGCAUCCUCUGCCUGCCCCUCAUCCUCCUCCUCAUCUACAAGCAGAGACAAGCGGUCAGCAACAGGCGCGCUCACGAGCUGGUACGGAUGGAGAGCGCCCAAGGCAUCGAGAACCCCGUCUUCGAGGCUGCGCCCAGCACCGAGACGUGGCCCCGGGCGCCGCUGGCCUACGCGCCCGCCCGGCACACCUCCGAGUCCGGCCGGCACCUCCUCGCCGAGCCCAGCACCCCGCUGUCGCCGCCGGGCCCCGGCGACUGCUUCUUCCCCACGCUGGAGCCUGUUCCCGACUCCCCGAGCGCCCCGAAGGCCUAGGGAUGCCGGGGCCGCGCCGUCGCUGCCGGCUCGUACGGGAAAACGCCGGGCGGAGCGCUGGAUGCUGGUGCUGCCGUCCUGCCCCGCGGAGGCCGGCGAGCCUCUCCCACGUGGGUUUCCACUCCUGCUCCCCGGUUUAUUACGGACCACGCGUGCGACGUUUCCCGCCUGCAUCCCGGAGGACACCUAACAGCAAGCCCCCGCCGGCCCCAGCGCCCGGGACGGAGCUGCUGAGGACGCAGAGACGUUCGGGCCUAAUUCAGGGGGUUUGGGGGCUGCCGCCUUCCCAAGGAUUUAACUUAUUACUAUGGUUUAACCUGUGCACCGUUAGCCUGCGCCUCCGACCAGCUGCCCGCGCAGUCCUUUCCGGAGCUGGCGGUGACGUACUGUUUAAUCCACCUCGGACUGCGGGACAAAACAAGCUCUCCGGCCAGCGUUUCGCCAACUUUUCUUUCUUGCAAAACAGGAAGGGGAAAGGUCCCCUCCCACCGCAGGAUCCCUCCUCCCCUACCAGGGCCUGGAUGCUGCCAAGGACUUGGAGGAGGCUGCGGCUUCGGCCGGUCCCGGCGGCACACGUGCAAGGAGGGGAGCGAUUCCCGCUGCCGUCUCGGGCUCAGCUUGCGAGCGGGCAUUUCGUUUGCAGCAGAAUUUAUUUGGCCGUUUGUUUUCAUUAGCAGUGUCGAUUAAAAAGGACGCUUAUGGGGUUCUUUAAUGCGUACAAAUUGGAAAGCUCACGUAAAGGAUGUCGGAAGAUUUUCCUGCACCCGGGUGCCUCCGGGACAGCCUGGCCCUGCCGAGCUGCUCGCUGCACCGGUUUCCGAAGCCGGCUCUGCGCUCGGAGGCCGCGGGCUUGCUCGCCCUGCAGGGAUCCAGCUGCUGGGCCAGCUGUGGCCGGGCUCCCCGGCUGUUGCCCCAUCUGGAGAUAAGCACCGCACCGCCCCAGUUCUCCCCACACGCAACAAGAUAAAACUUUGCGGUAGGAAUAGUUACUCAAGGGUUUUUUUUUUCCCCCUCUUACUUCUGUUCUUGUUCUAAAGAGGAAAAAAGAAAUCCCGCUGCUGAUAGACUUAACAUCAGCAUUAGCCAUAGCAGAGCAAUGCCAGAGCUGAGCAAAAGCCUGCCAGCACCCGGCUUUGCACCGUGCUUUCCGACGGUACGUGGCUCGAGGAGACACCGGCCUCUCUCCCAGAAGGGCUGGGUGCAAGGGGAGACCUCGCGGGCGCGGGAAUUUCCCCACGGCUACGAAGGCGAGGAGCCGGGCUGCAGGGGAGCAGCGAAAGCCAAACGUGCCUGGGGCCGGGGGAUGCAGCGCCGUGGGGCUCGGAGCGGAGCCCGGAGGUCGGGAAAGCAGCGCGCGCGGCCCUCCCGCCAUCGGCAAAACCGGCUCUCGGCCGCUCUUUUCAAUCCUUAUGCAAUGAGAAAAUCCCACCCCGCAGCCGUUCCCCCUUAACUCCUCCAGGGAGUUUCUCCAGGCGUUUCUCGGAGGCGCACGUCUCGCGGGCGGCCUGGCUGCCGGUGCGCUCCUCACCGCUUUGAACUCCUCUCCAAAUUUCUGUGCCUUUCUGUGUUUAUAAACGCAUUGUUUGACGACGGAAUAAAGUUUCACUGGAAAUAGGA